CACUAUACACGCAAUGGUUCAUGACUCUUUUGGGAUUGGUACAACGCAAACCUCGAUAUUUUCAUUCAGCUUUUAACUUGCCGCUGUUAACAAUGCCGGCUUCAAAUUCCAAGUUUUAUCUCUGUUUGAGUUAAAACGCUCAUCUCCGUGAUUUUCGAAAGACGCAUUAAAUAUUGCAGAGUGGAUAAAGACAAUAGGUUGAAAUUAAAACGCCAUAGCCUGGUGACGCAACGACAGCGUUUAAUUUAUAAAAAUCAAUAAUAUAAAAAGCUGCACAUAAUUACACCCGCUGCCCGACAUACCCGUCUGUCAGCAUUACUCAUUUUUUUUUCACAACCACGACGACACAAAGUUGUAAGGAUACUCCAAACAAAACGACAAAUAUUAAUUUCUAAGCAUGAACUUAUCACUAGCGAAUUAUUUGCUCUAAGAGAGGUGGGAUUACAACAGUAUGGUAAUUAGCUAGGGGGAUGGGGGUGGCCAUGGGUGGAAUAUCCAUUUUUAUUGCAUCACCUGUCAGUAACGUCCAAUCAGCGUCGGGUUUGGGGGCAUUAAUUGAUGAAGGUGUCUCCGGCCUUGCUCAGUUCCCACUGUCAUUUUAUUUGUGACUAAACCAUCAACGGGAAUAGCAGCUGCAUUUUGGGCUCUAUUUCUCUCUCUCUCUCUCACCCUCCCUCCCUCUCUCUCUCUCUCUCUCUCUCUCUCUGUCGCUCACUCCCUCUCUUUUUCCCUUCCCUACUCUCCUCGCUUUUUAUCCUUCUCACUGGCAGUGCUGUUCACCUUCCUCUUUUCCUCAUGGCCAAAUGGGAAGGGAGCUGAGGGAGCGCAGGUAUACAGGAGCUCAGACAGGCAGCAGCCAGCCUGUCGGCAACAUCACACACAUUCCAUCGAUCAUGCAGUGCUCAGGUCAAUGGACUGAUUGUUUUAAUUCAAGCAGGCCAUUUCAUUUUUAUUUUUCUAUUUAAAACUUUUUUGUUCAUCACGCAGCGUGGACAUGUCAAAGCCCAUGCUGGACCGGUCAGCAGAAUGCCUUGAAAUAAAGAAGCAGCAGUAGAGCUACUUUAAAAAAAGGACAUCCGUCGCUCUAAAUGUUGGAAUUAAUGCAAUGAAGAAAAUGGGGGACUUGGAAUCCGGUUUUGAGGAAAUGCAGGGUGUAAAGCUUGGCUAUCUGGUUAUCAAAGGCAAACAAAUGUUUGCCCUCUCUCAAGUCUUCACCGACCUCUUGAAAAAUAUUCCGCGGACUACUGUACACAAACGAAUGGACCAUUUAAACGUGAAGAAGCAUCACUGUGAUUUGGAGGAACUGCGAAAGCUCAAAGCAAUAAAUUCUAUAGCUUUCCACGCAGCUAAAUGCACUCUGAUUUCAAGAGAGGACGUUGAGGCACUGUAUUUUUCGUGUAAAACCGAGCGCGUGUUGAAAUCGAACAAAAAAAGGGAAAAGACGAAAAAUUCCUCAGAAAAAACGUGCGACGGCAAAAAUCGCACCUCGGCCAGAAGUGACUUUUGGAGAGAGAAAGUUUGGUUGAGUUUGCACGGCGUUCCUCAGACUUUCUCAUUCAAAAAUAAAGCUGUUCGGCAGGACCCCGUCCCUCGCGCUCACUCGAAUCUACCUCAAAUUUACAGCAAAUCCUUCGGUCGUGGCUUUCAACCGGUCACGAAGUCGGCGUCUACACCCUUUAAAAACUAUGAAACAGAUCAAAUACCUGACAACUGUGUGGCUUUUAAUCAGAAACACGCGCUUUUUCGGCACGUCGUGAAUCGGCAGCCGCUGCUCUAUCAGUCCGCCAUUGCGGCGCAGGCGAAGCACCAAGGCAACGCAGACCUGCUUUACAAAAGGAAGAGGAAGCGCGAGAGCAGCGCGAGGCAGUUUUGGUCGAGGAGCAGGCGAAGCCAUCCGGUUUUGGUCGUCCCAAAGUGCUGUAAACCCAAAGUUCCCAACGGAUCUUUAAGCCAGUUUCACCACCUCGAGCAUGGAUUGUACGUCGAUCCUCGGCACGCCGGACAUUUUCAGGAAAGCUGCAGCAGCGACACGGAAUCGAGCUCCGUCUCGGAACGGGUGAACAACGAUUCGGAUUUCGGCUCGAGUUUCUCUACCACCAGCAACUCCGGGACUUCGGACGAGGAGGAGGAGGAGGAGGAAGAUGACUCUCUCUCGGAUUCUUCAGAUGUCAGCAGCGAUGAAGAGAGCUCCUCUCAGUCUGAUUCGAGCUCUGUGUCCAGUCAAGUUUCAGUGCAGAGCAUUCGUUUCAGGCGUGCGAGGUUCUCGAGUCUCAACACAAAAGCACCUCUGCUCUUACAGCCAACUUUUCACUACAGGCCCAACGCGCAGAACAUCGCCGCCGACCAAGGAGUAACGACUGCUUUGGACAGCGAGCGAGCUCGCAAAACCCAGAAACCGGACUUCUCGUCGUCCAGGGACGCGCACGAGGAUGGCGACGCCGCGAAAGUGCAGAAGUUCUGCCCCGUGCGGACCUGCUUCUCGGAUUUAAGACAAAAGGAGGGCUCUGAAGCACCAUCGCGCCUUGAAUUCUCAAACGAUCCAAAGACAACAGACUCUGUCGCUAACAGAAUUAAAGAGACCGUGCUUACACCUAAUGCAAAUGGAAACAAGGCGUUUCCCCAACAAAGAAUACCGGGUUCUGCAAACAAAUGCUCCCAAGCCUUGAUCUCCCACUGUGUUCCGGACAAAGAAAUAACGGUUUGUAAGUCUUCUGACAGCAAUCUUUCAUUAGCGACAAAUUCCAAGAGGGAAGCAAAAACUUCCCUCAAACUACCUUCACCUCUGAAACCUAUCAAAACAGAGAGCGAGGAGCCCAUUAGUACCUCAGCCUUUAACAACGAGGGCAACAGGGCAGUAAAAACGCCACCAUUUUUACUCAACAGCGUGAAGAUUAAAGUCGAGGACACCUUCGACGAAUACGAAUAUGCAAAUCAUCCUCCGGAAUAUCAAUGCAAGGAUGACGACGCCGAUGGCCAGCGCAUCAGUAACGAUUCAAAGGAAACUGACCACUGCAAAGUCACGGAGAGCUCCGUUCAAAAACACCCUGCCUGUCACGAGGAAUCGAGAAGCACUUUAAACACCCCUUGUUCCGAGGAGGGGGAGUCCAAGAAUGGUGCAAGGGUCAGGAAAAACUACAGGGCGAUGCUUUUGGGGAAAAAAGCCGAAAGCGUGCGGACAUCCGCGAAAUCAGUUGCAAAAGUGGACCGGAGCCCCCGUUCUGGAGGAAAAUUCGCCGGCAGCGAGGGAUCGAACGAGGACUGUGCGGGCGCGAGCAAACGGAAACGAGCAAGCGCCGGUGUAGCAUCUCUAAAAAAGCCCUUCAGAUUCAUGGCGAAUUUUCCCUCUCCGCCGUCUCUUGUUAUUGGCAGCGACGGAGAUUUGAGUCCCGCUUACUCUUUGAACUCUUUAAGAAGUAACCAACUGCCUCAUCGUUCUCACCCAGUGUGGAGAUGGCAGCUUGGCCAUUCAGUUGUUCCUCCCCCUCCAAGCCACAAAUUCAGGAAAGCCUCUGUUAUCCCGUGAACUGGUGUUUUGAGCUGGGGGUGGGGUGGGGUGGGGGGGAGAGAGAGAAAUGUCUUAAAACUGUGACAAGCACUGAUUCCCGUUAGUUGUUUUGUUUUCAUUGUUGUUUUCAAUGCAUACGUUUCCGGCCUGUUGUUAUGUAGCACACACCGUCCUCAUAUAGCACAGGCUUGUCUGGGACUCGGGAAUAAAAGGAGGUAUUUAUAAUAAGCUGGUCUAGUAAAAAAAAAACUGUGUUUCAAAAUGACAUUAUGACAUCGUGGAGCCGUUUUUGACCUGAUGGACUAGACUCUCACGCUAGUUUCGCAGGCAGGGUUAACCAUCUCUCAAAAGGAUGGCGUUAUAGUGAUUGUCAGGUCUGUGUCAACUAAAAUGUCGAUUUUUUGUUUUCAAACAGCUGACUUUUUCUCUAUAUUCUGGGCCGGUGUUUUGUAUUUUCCCCUCGAUGCUCCAGCCACGUACUGUAUUUUUGAAUUACUGUAGGCUGUUGAUCCACACCUUUCUUAUUUAUUCAUUUUAUGGGCGCUCCCCAAUUGUUGGCGCCCGGCUGCGUUCACUCGCGCGCAGCGCACCAGAACUCUCACGGUAGGCCCGACGCGACGGCCCUCUCUAACUGACAAUCAAGAGCUGUUCGAUUUGCACGACGUAACAGAGGGGAAAACACCAAAUCAAACUCCUUCUUUGGCACAUUCGUAGCUUAAGGCGUAGGACAGCUAAAGCACAAAUUUACCGCGCAUUGCACUUUGCUAAUGCCCGUCAAGGUGAAUUAGUGUGUGUGUUUUUAUUUUUCGAUUUUCUUACGCAAAAGAGCCAUCGCAAGUUAACCCAAAAAAAAACAAACCUUUGAAAUCAGCGAUUAUUAAUGUGGUGCUAUUUCCGAUAUUCUCUUUUCGCUUUUGAGAGGAGGUUUUGCUAGUCGUUGCCGAUUUAAACGGGGCGACCUACAGACGACAGUGUUUUUACGUACGUGACGAAAUCAAAGAAGAAGAAGAAGAAGAAGAAGAAGAAGAAGAAAAAAGACCUCGGUGCUUAGUGGAAUAUACACACAUUCUGGUCAGGGUAUACUUAGUAAACGUUUAUUUCUCUUUGACUCGAGUAGCCUUGUCCUUUUCGUGUGGUGUUCUGAUUGUAUUUCUUUAGCUAGGCCUGUUUUCCCAGGACGUGGAUUACCUUGGCGCUCUAAAACGUAACCUUAAAAACACGCAAGCGUUAAACUUGGGGUUCCGCUGGAGUACCCUGCCCCGUACAAACGCCUUGCGAUGAAUGUACUGUGACGUACCGUAUUUGUUUACUUCAGCAAAAGCAGACCGCCUCGGAAACGGCCCCUAAAAGCAAACCGGAUCGGUGAUCGGAUCGGCCAAUGAGCUGCACUCGUACUUUUUGCGAUUGCAUUGCCAAGGGGGCAAAAAUACCCAACCGCAUUCUAAUCAGCUAAACAAAAACACGAACGCAAAAGCCCGUGUGUUAUCAUUACGUGGGCAUAGACUAUGCAGAUUCGGCUAAAGCGAGGCUACCGGGUUCAAGUCGUUCUGAGAACACACGUAAUAGACUUUAAGGGCAUUUAACGUAUUAAGGCACGGGCCUGUUACGUGCACUGUUUUGAUUACCGUGCACGUUUGGGGAUAGGACGGACGCCAUGUAGCCUAUUAAGUGAAACCGCAUCGCUUCGUGAAUGUUCCGGUAUGCGAUAUAUAGUGCGACACUCUGACAGGUGAAUGAUUCAAAUAUAGCAGUUCUAUAUUUUUGUAACGCGACCGUUUAAUGUCUGUUCUCUCGAGCGUAUAAAAGGAACUUUUUUUUGUUCCGUUCUGUGCCGAAGCACACCGCGGACGGACAGGAUAGCUAUGUCGUCCCCCAACUUCAGAGGGAUGAAUUCAAAACUAGCCAAAUCAAACAGAAUGUAGCGCACACUUCACAACCCCAUCAAGUUCAAGAAAUUCACCUCCACAAUGAACAGAAAUGGAAAAAAAAAUGGGCGGUGACUCACUGUAAACAUGGUAGGUUAGGAAUUAUCUGGUCAAGGUGGACUUUGUUUUUGUUUUUUAUAUAUAUAUUUCUGCUUUUGCUACAAUACUUGAGGUCAGAUUUUUGACAUGAGUUCUUUCUUAAAUUGAAGUCACUGGUUGUUUAUAAAAAUGCAUAUUUAUUUUUGUGAUUUUCCUGUUUUUUGUAUACCGUUGUUGUGUAGGAUAAAUGCACUCAAAUUGAAAACUUGAAAAACGUGAGGUGGAUUUUGAAGCACUUUCUUUUUCUCUUUAUGGUGAAACUGUUCAUUAAAUGCAUCUGAGUGUGA